AUAAUGGACAGACGGAAGGAAGCGGCGAAUCGGCUGCAUCCGUUGUUCUUGGCUCCGAGAGCGGUCCCCGCGCGCCCGGUGCAGCGGCUCGAGGCGGGAGGGGGUCCGGGCUCGCCGGUGGUCGGGCUCGCGACGCGCGUGCAGGCGGGAAGCCGCUGCAGUAGCGGCCUCAGCCGAAGGCGAGGCGGGCAGGCGCCGCGGGGCCGAGCCGCGAACAUGGCGGAGGCCGCGGCUUCGGAGCCGCUGGGCCGGAGCCGGGAGGAGACGGCCUGGGUGGAGACGCUGCGCGGGGACUGCGAGCCCGAGCACCACUGGCGGCACCGCCGCGAGUUCCUGCUGCGCAACGCGGGGGGCUCGCCGGCUGGGGACAGCGGGGCCCUGCAGCGCCUCGUCUCUCUCUCCAUGGUGUGGGCCAACCACGUCUUCCUCGGCUGCCGGUACCCGCUGUCAGUGAUGGAAAAGGUGCUGGAAAUGGCUGAAGGCAUCAAAGUGACCGAUGCGCCUGCCCACACUACGAGAGAUGAACUGGUUGCCAAGGUGAAGAAAAGAGGCAUAUCAAGUAGCAAUGAAGGGGUAGAGGAACCUUGCAAGAAACGAGCUGUUGACAAAAGCAGAGAUUGUAAGGAUGUUGGAAAUGAUGCUAAGUUGACAAAGACAGAAGUUUCCAAGGAGACAGAGAGCACGUUGCCAAAGAAAGAGGAAAAAGAUGUGGGAAAAGAUUCAGAGCAUUCACUGUCAUCCUCUAUCUCAAACCAAGAAAAGAGUGCAGUGCCAGGAACAGGAACAGAAACAAAAGCAGCUAAUUAUGAAACAACUACCAAGCAAAAUUCAACUGCAGCACCUGCUUCAUCUGGAACUGAGUCAAGAAUGAAUUAUCAUUCAACUAUGGAAACCAAACAUGAAAAGAAGAGUACAUUGCCCGGUGCUGCAGCAGCGGCUACCAAGAGCAGCUCCCCGGCCAGCACUCCGGCGCUGGCGGCUACCAAGAGCAGCUCCCCGGCCAGUGCUCCAGCGGCAGCAGCUACCAAGAGCGGCUCCCAGGCCAGUGCUCCGGCGGCAGCUACCAAGAGCGGCUCCCAGGCCAGCGCUCCGGCGGCGGCGGCGGCUACCAAGAGCGGCUCCCAGGCCAGCGCUCCGCCCGUGGCUACCAAGAGCGGCUCCCAGGCCAGCGCUCCGGCGGCUACCAAGAGCGGCUCCCAGGCCAGCGCUCCGGUGGCAGCGGCUACCAAGAGCAGCUCCCAGGCCAGCGCUCCGGCAGCAGCGGCUACCAAAAGCAGCUCCCAGGCCAGCGCUCCGGCGGCAGAGGCUACCAAGAGCGGCUCCCAGGCCAGUGCUCCAGCGGCUACCAAGAGCGGCUCCCAGGCCAGUGCUCCGGCGGCUACCAAGAGCGGCUCCCAGGCCAGUGCUCCGGCAGCAGCAGCUACCAAAAGCAGCUCACAGGCCAGUGCUCCAGCGGUUACCAAGAGCGGCUCCCAGGCCAGUGCUCCGGCGGCAGCGGCUACCAAAAGCAGCUCCCAGGCCAGUGCUCCAGCGGUUACCAAGAGCGGCUCCCAGGCCAGCGCUCCUGCGGCAGUGGCUACCAAAAGCAGCUCCCCAGCCAGCGCUCAGGCAGCUACCAAGAGCAGCUCCCAGGCCAGUGCUCCAGCGGCUACCAAGAGCGGCUCCCAGGCCAGCACGGCGGCGGCUACCAAGAGCGGCUCCCAGGCCAGUGCUCUGGCGGCAGCAGCUACCAAGAGCGGCUCCCAGGCCAGUGCUCUGGCGGCGGCGGCUACCAAGAGCGGCUCCCAGGCCAGCGCUCCGCCCGCGGCGGCGGCUACCAAGAGCGGCUCCCAGGCCAGCGCUCCGCCCGCGGCGGCGGCUACCAAGAGCGGCUCCCAGGCCAGCGCUCCGCCCGCGGCGGCGGCUACCAAGAGCGGCUCCCAGGCCAGCGCUCCGCCCGCGGCGGCGGCUACCAAGAGCGGCUCCCAGGCCAGCGCUCCGCCCGCGGCGGCGGCUACCAAGAGCGGCUCCCAGGCCAGCGCUCCGCCCGCGGCGGCGGCUACCAAGAGCGGCUCCCAGGCCAGCGCUCCGCCCGCGGCGGCGGCUACCAAGAGCGGCUCCCAGGCCAGCGCUCUACUGGUGGCUUCCAAAAGCAGUUCCCAGACCAGCGCAUCAGCGGUGGCUUCCAAAAGCAGCUCCCAGACUAGUGAAAGUCCUGCUAAAGUGUCAUGGAAGCCAUUAACAAGUGAAGAUGCAAAAGAAAGACAGCCUUUUUUCAAUAGACUGUACAAAUCUGUGGCUUGGAAGUUGGUUGCUGUUGGAGGUUUUAGUCCCAAUGUGAAUCAUGCAGAACUUCUAAACUCAUCCAUUCAGUCUGUGAAAGCCACUUUAGAUGUAACUUUUGUUCCACUGAAGGAACUUGCAGACUUACCUCAAAAUAAAAGCUCUCAUGAAAAUAUAGUUUGUGAACUGAGGUGCAAGUCUGUUUAUUUGGGUACUGGCUGUGGAAAAAGUAAGGAAAAUGCCAAAGCUAUAGCUUCGAGGGAAGCUUUGAAAUUAUUUCUAAAGAAGAAUGUUAUUGUAAAGAUAUGUAAAAGAAAGUACAAAGGACGUGAAAUUGAAGAUUUGGUACUUCUUGAUGAAGAAUCAAAACCCUCAAAUUUACCCCCAGCUUUAAGAAAUCCUCAAGAGAUCCUGUAGGACACAUAAGAACUGAGGGUUACUUUUGUACUCUGAAAAUGUAGGCUUCCAGAUAUUUUGUAUUUCUCAGUUUUGCAGAACAAUUACAUUAUUGUUCCUUUCACACUGUAGCAAUUGUAAAUAACUUCUUAUAGAUGGCAAGAAGUGUGCAUUUAAAGGUAUGCCUUAAUAUAGAGCACACUAGCGUGCUGUUUUAUUUGCUAAAUAGUCUACCUAAGUCUUCUAUUUUUAAUUAAAAGAUU